CAUAACUGAUGAUGUGAGGUAAGGAGAUGGAAUUAUUGAGAUAUGUAACCGUAUUUUGAAGUGUUAAACUGCAGUGGCUAGAGAUUCGUAUACUGAAUAUUGGCAAAUUCCCAGAUAAAUGAAUGAUUGAGAGUACUUCACGCUGAAGUUUUCCUUCUUUCAAGAAAUACGCCCAGGAAUCGCAAGCAAAGCGCAUUUUUGCGUGCGGAUUCGGCUUGCCCACUUCAGAGUAUUCAGACUACCCAUAUACAACACACGAACGAGAGUCCAUAAUGGACCAAAAGGAAGAGGCACAACAGCAUAAAGAGAAAGGAAAUGAUUGUGUUAAGGAAAAGAAAUACAUUGAAGCAGUAUUGCAUUACACAAAUGCAAUAAAGUUGGAUUCAUCUGACCACACCUUUUACAGUAAUAGAUCUUUAGCUUUUCUCAAACAACAACAGUAUCCCCUAGCAAUGGAGGAUGCGAGACAGGCUAUAAAAUUGAAACCUGAUUGGCCCAAAGGUUACUUCAGGAAAGGUGAAAUUGAACUUGCCACAGGACACUAUACAGAAGCACUGUUGUCUUAUGGGUGUGCUUUAAGACUACAACCCCAUGAUAAAAGCAUUUUGGAUGCUAUCAGUAAAACAACAGAAAUGAGACAGAAAGAGAGGCAAGCUGACUUUCAGAUACCUUGGCUGGGAGCUGGAAUUGGUAUCAUUAUUGGUGUCGGAUUGGUCAUCGCAGAUUAUUUACUAACUGAUAAACCCUCAAUUAAACACCCAAUCUUGAUGGCUCUACUUACUAUUGCUGUGGCUAUGAUUGGCUAUGUUAUUGGGUGGGCAUACCGUUACCUAACGAAAUGCAGCCAGACUUCACUACUGGAACCACCUCCAGAUUUGUUCAGAGAUAGUGCAAAUCAAGAUAAUGAACAAGAAUCCCAGGAAAAUGGAAAGUCAGAACGGAGUCAUCGGUAUACGAAAGCUCAAGCUCGCCAACGAUUUAAGAAAGGAAGAAGUUGAAAAUUUACUGGCAUUGCUUAUAAGUAAGUUCUAUAGAGUGGAGGAGACAAGUUAUCAACAAAUGAUGGGGCAUGGUAUGUCGAUUUAUCCUAGCUGAGGUGCUACUAAAAUUCAUAACAACUCAGGCAAAGUGUUCAUUUGGAUGUGGUUUGUGGUGUUAGAUUGAGCCUUGUGUAAUGCGAGGAGGAUAUUUAUUGAGAAGUAUUUAGUUAUCAAUAAAUUAUAGUUCCUUUUUAUCCUGUAUAACUGUUUUUGUUUACUAGUUUGACUCAAUGAAAUAGACAUUUUCAUUGUCUUCUACAAAAUAGGUAAACUUAAAAGUGACAUCACUGUAUUGUGAUUGUUUCAGUUAUUUUGAGUACUUCAUUUUAAUACAAGUAAUGAAACAGAUUCAGAAGGAUGAAGUAUUUAAAAGGUAUUCAGGGGCUCAGAGUCAUUGGUACUUCACCCACAUGUGUAUGGAAAUGAAAUUUGCUCCAGAGUUUCUCACAGGAAAAUUAACACACUAGAUAAUAAUCUAGUGUUAUUUUUAUAGUGAAUGUAAAAGUAUCACAAAUACUUAAGCAAUUAAAAAUGGACUCGUGACUGUAUUUUAAAUAGUUUUCCAUAAGGUUAGGCAUGUCUUGCCUUGGAAAAACUGUUUGAAACACAUUCGUUUUGCAGUUGGUCAGUCACAAUGCGUGCUACGAGAAACAGGAACUACUUAUCUGGAUGUGUCAUCAUGAUAACCAUAGACACCAGUAACAGUGUUAUUUUCAACCUUAAGGUUUUUAUUAAAACUGGAGGUACAUUCUGCAAGAGAUCAAGAAUAUUCUUAUUUUAUUUUGUGGUAUCUUUGGCUUCAUUGUAAAGCAGUGAUACAGAUCCCAGUUAAUUGCUUGGGGGCUUUCCUCCACCAGAGUUUGAAAAUUGUUUCAGAAAAAGGCUCAUCAGGCUAUUGUUUUUAUAGCUGCAGCCAUCAGAUAUCAAGGCAGUUCACUUUUUACUUUUUAUCCAGUUAUAUAUGUUUUGCAGUUUGAUAAAUGAUUCCAUAACAAAGGAUGAGAGGAAGUCCUCUUUCGUCAUUUUGUUAAUCCCGAAGUGUGGUAUUUUCUUUGUUGGUUCUAUCAGGAAGUAUUUUUUCCUUUCUGUCACCCCAAAAUCUCCAUCAGAGUGAAAACUUAAGACCUGGAAUGAAGAAUUUGUGAUUGGUCACCUCCCAAUUAUUAGCUCUCUGUAGGGUAAAUAACUGAGAAAAGCAUCUUUUAUACUCAUGCUUCGCAAGCAUGUGUCCCUCACUCGAAACCUAAUCAUGAACCCAAGGUAUAGUUCAGAAUUGACAGCAAUACUAAUCUACACUUGUUGUUAGUAUGUAAUACAUAGUUUACAAGAAGUCAAACACAAAUACAAACAAUGAGAAAAUCCAGGAUGCAAUAACAAGUGCUAUGUAAAGGACAUAUUGCUAUUCACUGUAAAUGGAGAUACAGAGUCACAGAUAAGCACAAUAAAAAAGACUGUCAGACAUGUAAUAAGCUUAUGCCGCGCACGCGCAAUCAGUCUCUGGCAACUGAUACUGUGUGUGUGUGUGUGGGGGGGGGGGGGGGGGGGGGGGGGAGGGGGGGUUGCUUGAAUGUGUAUGAUGUCUAAUUCUGAUGAAGGCCUUUUUGGCUAGAAGCUUAAUUAGUUGUUGGUCAUUUUGUUGUGCCUAUCUGCUACUCAGCAUCUUUACUAUACUGUGAGUAGCAAUCUGUUGUUUUCAUAAUAUUGUUAUUAAACACAAAUAGAAUACAUGACAAGUACCAUUACUUGUUUUUGCUCCCUGAACAUUUUUUAUUUUGCUUCCUUCACUGCUUCUGUUCGGUGCAAGUGGGCACUGCGCUUUUCUUUCAUCUCUUAUUUUUUGUAGUGUCUAACAGAGUUCUGUUGCGAAUGCAGUCUUUCACAGCACUGAGAAGCGUCUUUCAGUGGGUUAGGGAAGAUGCAUACUGAACUGAGUAUUUAAUAUGUGCCAAAAUAAUUACAGGGAUACAAAAUUAGUUUCCGUGGAUUCACACUCAGCUUUUUAAUGAUAGUAAAAAGUGGGCAUGUUCAGUUGUGGCACAAGGCACUUCAGACUUCUUUAUGACAAUACUGUGACUUAUAAACAGGAAAUAUCUUUAUGAAAUUGCAAAUGGUAUCUGUUUGUUCAAGUCUUGUCUUAUUAUGAAGUAUAUAUUUACCUUCUUUUUCAACAGGAUGAACACCUUCUAAAACUUCGUUUCAUUGCUGUGUAAGAACUUACUAUACCCAAUGUCAUCAGCCCUCUUUCCAUUUUUGCUCAUAAGUAAAUCCUUUCCAGAGACGGACUAAAUGGAUUUCCAUUAGAGUAGCUUCUGGACAUCUUUGAUAUAUCUAUUAACACUUUAAGACAUCUUUCAUUGCCCAAUUAAUUUUGCAAUAGCUAGAAAGUAUUGGUUGUAAAUUUUUUUGUGGCAUCUUGCCAUUACAGUUUUCAAGAUGUCUACAGGAAUCUCCUGAACACCACUUAUCUGGAACAAGUUCACCUGUUGUCAGUGUGUACACCUCAUUAUCUGUCAUUUCAGUAUACUCAGAUACUUUCUCUGAGUAAAUUCACUAGUUUGCAUCCUUUUUUAUUUUGCAAAUGACUCAAUUGUUGUUGUUGAUGAAUUCCUCUCCUCCGAUGGUUCAUUCCCUGUCUGUGUGAAUCAUAAAUAUUGAUGCCACCCGAGUUCAUAUCUGCAUCUGAAAAUAUGAAAUGUAACUUGAAAAUGACCCAAAGUAAAGCACCAAACAUACUUAAACGAUGUACUGAUUCAUUUGGCUAGUCAGUGCUGCAUGUAAGUGCAGUUGUCAAUUGUGAAACUUCUGCGGUCAUUUUGCAGAGUUCAGAUUGCAAUGUCUAUGGUUUUGCCAUACCUCUGAAGGAACAUCCCACUAGCAUCAGCAUUCUCUUACAUAGCUCAAGAACUGUUUUAUGAUGGCUGUACCUCAACAUGCCCUACACUUAGUUAGGCAUUUCUUGCACUGGUUUAGGUACUUCAGGCUCUGAGUCACUCAGUUGUCAAGUUUAAAACUGUGCUAUGAUGUUGUUUUUGCACUUGUGGUGCUGUGAUAUUUGUGUGUGUGUGGUAGAAGUAUGAUAGGAAUGCAGUAAAUCUGAGCUUUUUGAUGUCACUGAAUAAAAUAUAGGGUCAUAUAUUGAAUAAAAUUGUAAACAUACAUUCCAAAUUACCCUUCUAACUACAAUUUAUGAUAGAUAUGUACAUAAAAGAAUUGCUCUGUAUGAACAAUCACACCUUUUGCCUUUUACUGAAUCAGAUCUACAUUGUGUUUAUUUUGGAAGACAUAUUUCAUGAAAGUUAUUAAUUGGAUAAUAAUCAUAUUUUGUGAUGUAUAUUUGCAUAGAUUAUUGAGAAAUGUAAAAGAGAAAUAAAACAAAAUACUCUGUGAA